CCUACAAAACACUUUAACUGAAGUAUAAAACUGCUUAACCAAACGAUCCUGUUUCAGUUCUGUACACUGACAAUGGCCAGAAGACAUCUGAUGUUGUGGAUAUUUGCUCUGUGUGUUUCACUCGAUCCCACAGUCGGUCACAUUCCUGAACUAGAUGGAAAAAAGGUGUAUGAGAUUGUUCGACCAAUCAGAUUGCAUGCACUUCAAAAAAGAGACUUAAAUUCAAGACCUGACACAGUGAAAUACGCUAUGACACUGGGAGGUAGAGACAUUGAAAUGCACCUCCAGAAAAAUGAUGGCCUAUUGACAAAAGACUAUAGCGAAACUUAUUACACUGAAGAUGGGAUGCUUGUCACAACCACACCUGAGGAUCUGGACUUGUGCUAUUAUCAUGGGAAAAUAGUCAAUGACAGCAAGUCAUCGGUUAGCAUGAGCACCUGUGAUGGAUUACGAGGCUAUUUCCAAACAGAGGAGCAGAGGUUUCUGAUCGAGCCGUUGUCCGAGGAUGGUGAUGGUGACCAUGCUGUCUUUAAGAACGAAGAUGUAAAUGAAGAGACGGCUAGAGUGUGUGGGGUCACCAACACUACUUGGGACGAGAGUGAGGAAGGCGCUCCUCCACGCAUUCUCAAAAGUCGUUCUCGUUCCUCAGGGCCAACUUUGUUCCAGCAACAAAAAUACAUCGAGCUCUUCCUUGUGGCAGACAACAGCGAAUACAAGAAAAUGGACAGCGAUCUUCAGAAGCUGAGAAAGAGGAUAUUUGAGAUCAUCAAUUACAUCAAUAAUGUAUAUAAAGAAAUCAACACAUUCAUUGCUCUGACUGGAUUUGAAGUCUGGACAGAUAGCGAUAAGAUAACAGUUUCUCCUGUUGCUGGAGCUACCUUGGACAGCUUUACCCAGUGGAGGAACAACGAUCUCAUCAAAAGACAGCAGCACGACAACGCCCACCUCCUUAGUGCAAUCAACCUUGAUGGAGCAACUGUGGGUCUAGCUUACAUUGGAACUCUGUGUGGAGGUCUUUCAACAGGGAUUGUACAGGAUCACAACUCUAAGGCUAUAGCAGUGGGGGCUACUAUGGCCCAUGAGAUGGGGCACAAUCUGGGCAUGAGUCAUGACAGCAGCAGCUGCGUUUGUUCUGAUGGCACAUGCAUUAUGACAGCUGCUCUCAGCUAUUUCAUCCCUCAACACUUCAGCAGCUGCAGUAGUAGUAGCUAUGUAGACUACCUGAACAGCAAAAACCCAGAAUGUCUUAUGAAUAUGCCCAAACCAAAAGAAUUGAUUCAGCCACCUGUAUGUGGAAAUGGAUUUGUGGAGAUAGGAGAACAAUGUGACUGUGGAAAAGUGCAGGAGUGUACAAACCCAUGCUGCAAUGCCACCACCUGCAAACUGACAGAGGGCUCACAAUGUGCAACAGGGGAAUGUUGUGAGAAUUGUAAGAUCAUGUCAGCCGCACAUGUGUGUCGUCCAAACAAUUAUGACUGUGAUUUGCCAGAGUCAUGCACUGGAAAAUCAGCCGAGUGUCCUGAAGACGUCUUUACAGUCAAUGGACUCCCUUGCAAGAAUGGAAAAGGCUAUUGCUACAAUGGCCAGUGCCCACAGAGAGAGGAGCAGUGCAUUAAAAUGUGGGGUCCAACUGCUGUGGUGGCUCGAGACUAUUGCUUCAACCAGAACACAAGAGCGGAAUACUUCGCCUACUGCAAACGCAAUGGCAAUACAUUUAUUGGAUGCCAAAGACAAGAUGUGAUGUGUGGAAAACUGUUCUGCGAAGAUGGCAAUGCAAAUCCCAAUUAUGGACGGCUAGUAAAAUUCAACAAUUGUAAAGCCACAUUCUACAGCGAUCCUGAAAAAGAUUAUGGUCAAGUCGACACAGGCACCAAAUGUGGGGAAGGACUGGUUUGUAACCAGAAUGAGUGUGUUGACCUAGAGACGGCUUACAAAGCAACAAACUGCUCCGCCAAGUGCAGAGGCCAUGCGGUUUGUGACCACAGAAAGGAGUGCAGAUGUGAAACUGGAUGGCUGCCUCCAGAUUGUGAAACACCAGCAGAAAGUGAAGGUUCUUCUAAAGUGGUGACAAUAGCCAUUGUCGUGGUUGUCUGCAUCCUGAUUGGGAUACUUCUAAUUGGACUGGCCGUCUUCUUUUACAAGCGCAGAAAGAGCACGCCACAUUCAUUCAGCCAUCCAAGGCAGCAGAAAGUUCAUGUAGUCGACAUCCCUGACUACAGCCAUCAGUCGACACCAAAUCAGAAGCCGUCUCUGGUUAUAAGGCCUACAGCACCUCCUCCAUCUCCACCCUCUUCAGCUCAAUCCAGAGUUCUGCAUAAUGACUACCUAAAUGCGCGACAGGCCCUUAGACCACCUCCUCCAAGAGUGUGAUGUCUAGCACCUGUCAAACCUCAAGAAGUGGAACCAGCACACUCCAGACCCUGCAGAUCAGAUAUAAGUGUGUUAAGAGCCUGAGGCUUGCUAAACUCAAGAGAAGACAAAUGUCUGUGAAAAUAAGCCACAUGCAUGAGACCAACACACCUAAAUAAAUUUUACAGUGUGUAAAAGAUUGUCCUUGAGUGACAUGAUGAAUUUUAAGUCACGUUUUGUUUUUAACCGAAAAAGAUUUUUAAAUUUCACUUUAUUUAUUUGUACAGUCUGUUCCUGUAUAAUUGAGCCUGCCUUCUGUAUAGUAAUGAUUUUAAGUCAGUAAAAAUAGCCGACUCACUUCCACAGAAAGUUCACAUUCGAAAGACUUUCUAAAGUUUAUUAAAUUUUAUAAACCCCCCCCCCCCCCUGCUAGAUGUGACGCUAUUAUAUAAUGUCAACAACUUUUUGGUAUACUUAAAAAUGGCUUUUAGAUGCUUUAAAAAAUUUACAUGUUUGUGGUUACUAUUUAGUUUUAUAUGAAAAUGUAUUGUUUUGUAUAAUGCAAUGUGAAUGUAUGACUGAAAAAUAUUGCAUGUUGAAUCACAUUCUGAUUAUUGCUUUUUUAACCAACUGAUUAAAAAUCAAGAAAAUAUGACCAAACAUGAGGUCCAUGGUAUUUCAGUUUUUAUUUGUCGUCUUAACUGAUACAUCUACAUAACAUCAAGAAGGUUACGGUGGCCUUGUGUUACAAGUACUUGAUAAAAUGGUUGUCCGAUUAAAUUCCCAUAUUGUAUUUUUAAUGAUGCUAUAAUUGUGCAACAUUUUGACACAUUCCCCACAAAUGUGUUUCAGGGACUUCAUUGAGCCUCUGAAGGUCUAAUACUCACCAUUUCAACUAUUGAAUGCAAACAGAAACUUAAGAUUCAAACUUCCUCAUCACUCCGUUAGAAGUUCACGUUGCCAGUAUACCAAGACCAGCUCACACCCUGUUAAACCAUUCUAGGAAAACAGUAGAGCUGAUCCCAGAUCAGCUGCUUAAUCUCAGUACUUCCACUGGUAUCAUUUGAAAUACAUGCAAAUAAAUGUAGCAAAUGUUCCCUUUAGGGUCCACAGACAUACUGCACUGAUUUGAUCCUGCAAAACACACACAUACACACUUCAGAAAAUGCUGUAUGUUGGAAGGUGUCACUGGAAUCGCAUAUUUAUUUGUCAUAAAAGCUGAAUUCAUACACCUAAAGAUGAGCACAACAUAUUGGUCAUAGAAUCUGAUUUUGAAAUGAAAAUAAAUCAGUCUCAUAUGAAGAACCAGUCCAGUAUUUAAAUAAGAAAAUAAAGGUGAAAAACUUGGUCUAAAUAAAACACAAAAACACUUUUACAAAAUGAACCGUUGUCUAAAAUGUACAUUUCAAAUGCUUCCAGAAAAUGGGGUGGGUUGAUCAUGUGCAUAGCAUCAGACAUUCAACACCAUCGCAAACUCAUGAUUAAACCUGUUUUAAAACCAGAUGAACUUGCUGCUCUUGGUAAAAUGAAUAAAAACGUGCAUUAAAAGGCUUAAUGCUCUUCCUCUAUAUUCUCUUGAAGUUCUGUAUCUCAACAGUAGGUGGAGACAUACAACAUUCCCUAAACCGGUUAAAACAAGCAGCCAUGUAAUAAAAAACCUUACCACAAUAGCUCACAUAGUGUUACAGCUCAAACAACCAAGUCAGUUUGUGACACGUUUAUCAAGCUCAGCAUGCUUUGUUAAUGUCUCAAGCACGAACUGGAUGAAAUCGAUAGUCUGUACGAGCGAAAGCUGAAUACUUUGCAUUAAGUGAUGGCCUGGAGGACAUUCUUUAAAGAGAGGAUAUUCAAUAUAACAUGUAGGCAUUCUCUAUUUACAGUGAGUUGCGUUUAGUGCAAUAUUCCUCAUUACCUCCCCAUCAUACCCUAAAUUAGGGUUGGUUAGAGCUCUGGCA